CGAUACGCAAAAGAGAAUCAAAAGACAAUCUCAUAUUACAGUUCUAUUGCUGUUCCUCGUACGCACCAACCUAGAGCAUUCGUUAAUGGACGUCAAAGACCAACCACCGACAGAAUCGAAUCCCGAUACUGAUGAUCAGACCGUCGAAAUUGAUCCGUCAAGCACGGUUCUUGAUCUCACCAGCUUCCAGCUCCACAAUCUCGACUCAGUCGAGUUACCCCUGGUUCUUACUGAGUUGGAUUUAACAGCGAAUCGCUUAUCGAGCUUAGACCCUAGAAUUGCCCUUCUCUCGAACCUGAAAAAGUUCUCUCUUCGACAAAACCUCAUUGAUGAUGCUGCUAUCGAGCCAUUCUCCGGCUGGGAAGCGUUAUCGGGCCUUGAGGAGCUGGUCCUGAGGGAUAAUAAACUUUCAAAAGUUCCUGAUGUUAGCAUAUUCAAGAGUCUCUUGGUUUUUGAUGUUUCUUUCAAUGAAAUCGGGUCCUUGCGUGGAGUGUCCAAAGUCUCCAAUACGCUGAAGGAACUCUAUGUAUCAAAAAAUGAAGUUACUAAGAUGGAGGAGAUUGAACACCUUUAUCAGUUGCAAAUUCUUGAACUUGGUUCCAACAGAUUAAGGGUAAUGGAGAAUUUGGAAAAUCUAACAAAUUUACAGGAGCUGUGGCUGGGACGGAACCGUAUCAAAGCAGUUAACCUAUGUGGUCUUAAAUGCAUCAAGAAGCUUAGCUUGCAAAGCAAUCGUUUAACUUCUAUGAAAGGAUUUGAGGAAUGCGUUGCUUUAGAAGAAUUAUAUUUGAGUCAUAAUGGUAUCACCAAAAUGGAAGGCCUAUCAACCUUGGUCAACCUGUGUGUACUGGAUGUAUCAUCUAACAAGCUAACUUCAGUCGAUGACAUUCAGAACCUGACCAGGUUACAAGAUCUAUGGCUUAACGACAAUCAAAUAGAAUCACUUGAAGGCAUUGCUGAUGCCAUUGCUGGUUCAAGACAGAAACUAACCACAAUCUACUUAGAAAAUAAUCCAUGUGCAAGAUCACCAAACUAUGCUACCACUUUGAGACAGAUUUGUCCUAAUAUUCAGCAAAUUGAUUCCAACGUAUUUGCUUAAAAGUUCAUGUUCCCGAGUUCCUUUUGGCAGGACAGUGGUAUCCAGGAAGUUGAAACUCUUCACUAGUGGUACUUUGGCCGUGUCCCUGUUUUCUUUGGUUGAACUAACAGAAAAUUCCCUUUAAUAUGUUCUCACAAAACUGGUAUGCAGACCAAAUUGUGGUACGAGCAUUAAUGAGACGGUAAGUACACCAUUGAAACAAAAAGCUAUGUAUUCCUUCAACUGGGGAUGCAGGUUGCAAGUUUUCAACUGCCCUUAGGACACUUGUAUUUUGCAGAUAUAUUCUGCAAUGCAUUUUGUGAACUACAAUUCUUCCAACUCUCAAGCGUCUAUUGAUCUUCAACUAACUAUGGUUUUUCUUCUUCAAAGUAAUAUUUCAAGUACAAAUCUCAAGUUACUGUUGUUUCUCAUUUUUGUUAAUUUUAUAUUAUCUUAGCAGUUGAGAGUUUAAUCCAGUGUGAAGAAUUUUUUAUCUUCAAAGAGUGAUGUUCCUUGUGUAAUGUUUUUUUCUUCUUGGAAAUUGUUGUCUUGUCGACAAACAUUUAGUUUGCAAUUCAGUUGAUAUCUGUGAGUUUAAGGGUCA